GCUGCUGUCAGUGUCUUCGCAGCUCCCUAGAGUUGAGGACAGGCUCUGGCUUGGAGGGGCAGCAGUAGCUAGGGCUGCUGCUGUUUUUCUGUGUGUGUGCGCUGGGCUGGCUUUCACUCUUUCCUCCUCCCCUUUCUCACUCACUUCUUCUUUGACAUUUUUACCUCUGACAUUUUCUUGCUUGGUCGGAGCCGAGUCCAUAAAGGGAUACCGUGUCUGCUCCCGGACUGGUGACAGGAAGGAUUACCCGACACAGACGCCAGACACCAUUCCCGGUGUUCAAGAUGUCAUUGAAGGUGCAGACAAGUAACAUCACAAACAAGAACGACCCCAAGUCCAUCAACUCCAGAGUCUUCAUUGGGAAUCUCAACACAGCCGUAGUCAAGAAAUCAGAUGUGGAAACCAUUUUCUCCAAGUAUGGCAGAGUGGUGGGCUGCUCCGUUCACAAGGGCUAUGCGUUCGUACAGUACUCGAAUGAGAGGCAUGCACGGGCCGCUGUCCUGGGGGAGAACGGACGAAUACUUGCCGGGCAGACGCUGGAUAUCAACAUGGCUGGAGAACCUAAACCCAACAGACCCAAAGGGCUGAAGAGAGCAACCUCCGCCUUGUACAGUGGAUACGACUUUGACUAUGACUACUACAGAGAUGACUUCUACGACAGGCUUUUCGAGUAUCGAGGCCGGGUCUCUCCUGUCCCCAGGGUGGUUCCUGUGAAGCGUCCCCGGGUGACCAUCCCCUUAGUCCGACGCGUAAAAGCAACACUCCCCGUCAAACUUUUCGCCAGAUCGGCUGCCAUUGCAAACAGCUCUGCCAAAUUAAAAUUGAAAUGUAACGAGCUGCAGACAAUCAAAACUGAGCUGACACAGAUCAAAUCCAACAUUGAUGCUCUUCUGGGCAGAUUGGAGCAGAUUGCUGAAGAACAGAAAUCAUCCACAGAGGUACGAAAGAAGGCAGAUGGGAACAAAAGUGAGAUCUCCCAGGACGACACAGCAUCAGAGGCAGAAAUCAACACAGAGGAGCCACUGAAUGGGGAGGAGGGAGAAGAGGAGGGACUCACGCGAGAUGAUUGUGAAGACGAACUGGAGAACAGCCAUUACACAGUUAUGGAGUGACGCCAGCCUACAGUAAGCAGUAGCACAUUCAGAGCAGCGAUGAACACCAGUGUGAGGAGAGCACGAGGUUAUACCCUGGACUGGCAUGCUGAGCCGGACAAGCAUAAAAUGCAGGGCUGCUGUCAUCUCUGCCUGGCAUUCCAAAGGAGAAACAUGGACCGACAUCUUCAACCCAUCUGUAAAGCAAAAACAAAGAAAACCAGUCAUCCAAGUGGAUCCCUGCUCCUCAGAGCCCUGCUGCCAGCCUAGGCAGUGGACAAACACACGCUCCAUGACUGUCACUGACCACUCUCUGGGAUGGAGGUUGUAUUGUAAAAUGAAUUGGGGACAUUGUAGAACUGUCCUUAGAGGCGGGAAGAGAUAGCUAGUCGUAAUCCAAUAAAGAAUUUAGUUCCUGAGGUAGAAGGGGCCGGAGUGUUUGUUAAUUGGGGAAAUGAGUAUGUUGGUCUGGACAAUUUGUAGUUUCACGAAUAUGAUCAUGUUCAUGAAUGGGGCAGAGGGGCACCUUUCCUCCCCGGACCAAUCACCUCGUUCCGAGUCCUUUUCAUCCCAUGAGCCACCUUGGAUGCACGGUCACCUCCGAGUGUAAGGGAAUCGGUAGCAUGCCCCUUGUUACGCACUGGGCUCCUUGGACCACCAUGUCAGCACGAAGAGAGAGAAGGAAGCCAUCGACAGGAGAAUAGGUGAGCCAGAGCAGCAGAAACAGAGCACUUUUAGUCUUCAGAGGUCUGGUUUCUUAGCCAUCCGACUGACAAUGUGUAACUAAAGGGUAAGCACGCAAACAGCCACUGUGGAAUAAGGGGGUGUGGGUGAAAGUGGACCCAGGUGGCUAGUGUGACACCCUUUUAUUGGACAAUCAAACAGUUCAGGCUGAGGGGUGUGAUGCCACCUCUUCCCCUCUGGCCCAAUCCCCUAUAGCAGCAUGGUCACACACAAUCCCCUCGCUCCAGCCUCCCUCUGGGCCUUCAAGGUCUGGCUGGAAGGCGAUGCGGGAGGGAUGAGCUGGUCCCUGCACCAGAUCCCGCAGGCUCCACUCUGCAUCGCUGUGUAUUGCAGUGGGGCUGGGGGGUGCAGUAACUCGCCUGAGCGUAAAAGACUUGUGAGGGUUAGUGUCCAGCAUGCUGGGCCUGAGGGAAUUAGAACAUCCGCUUCCCUCCCCACCCCUGAAUUCACACUGCCCUUAGCCCGGUCACAGCCCAGAAGACAAAGGUCAGCAGACAUGGGUGGUUUCUUCAAAUGAAACAGUCUGUAAAAGAAUCCCCACUUCCCCAUCUGUUGCAUGGUCAAAGAUUCCCUCUUUAUUGGGCCUAUUCCUAGUCUCUAGCUUCAGAGGUUGAUGGGGCUGAGACUCAGUCCAUGCUGCCAUGCCAACCGGAGCCCCACCCCGCACCCUUCCGAGUGCUGCACACAUCUUCUCCUUGACCAACUCCAAGAAACUGGAUGAAACAAAGCAGAACCACAGAGAGCUGCUUGAACAGUUUCCCAGCGGCCUCCUGGUUUCUGCUCCAGCACUCAAACCCAGACCUCUCACAGAGUCUUUAGGAGGGAGACAGAGUGGAAAGCAAGCCAUGGGGCCGUGCUUCCCUCCCCGAAAGAGCCUGGCCUGCUUGUAAGCAUGGCUUUUGAAGCACAACGUUUUACUUGCAUUUUGUCGUUGGAAAUAAUCAUGAGGGCUAAAAGGGACGACCAUUCUUUUCUUUUCCUUCUCCUCUUCCUUCCAUGUUUCAGUUCCGGUACUAUUUGUUUGUCCAUUGUGCUGUGCCGAGCCAUUGUAGCAUUGUUGUCUAGGCUUUGAGAGAUGAGCUGCAAUUUUUUGCUAUGAACUGACCAUGAUGCUAAUGUGUGGGAAGAAGAUGGCCUUGUAUAUAAAAUCCUGUAUAAUAAAAAAAGGGAAAUUAUUCCACCUCUGCUGUCUUCUCUCUCACCUUUUCAGGACCUCUGGGACCCAGCUGGUGUUUCUGGAUUCACUCUUUCCUGUUUCAUCUCUGCCAGUGGGUUUGCUUUGCCUGGGAUGAGGCAUAGUCUGUUGGGUUGAACAAAGCUCUUCUGGAUUUGAGGAUGUUUUGUCUGUAAGACCCUGAUUCUGUUCCACGUGGAGAUCCACUCAGUGCAGGACAGCAGGGAGGAGCCAUCCAGGAGCCAGUUACAGCUCCCUGGAUCUCAUGGCACAGCUGCACUGGCUCCCAACCCCAACAGCUUAGAACAGGCUACGUGCUGCUUUAAUUUAUGCCAACCUGCAAUGGUUACAAAUGGUCUCUAAGCAAGUGUUGCUAAUUCAUGAUUUUAUUGAGAAUCUCAUGACAUUUGAUGUUCUUCUUAAAGUCCCACCUCCUGGAGGCAUAUGAGUAGGUGAGACUCUCAUCUUGCUUUUUUUUUUUGCUUUUUUUUUUUUUAAGUAAGUCUGUAGGCCUCUGGGUUGCAGAGAAAAACUUGAGUGAAUGAACCAAAAGCCACCUAAAGGUUCAGAAACCAGAAGGCAAAUACAAAGAACCCAAAAUGUAUUAUUAUUUUUAAUAAUCUCAUGAUUUUUCAAGAUAAUCUCAUUAUUUCUGGGUCCCAAUUCAAUGGCCAGGUUUGGUGUAGCAGAUGUAAAACUGGUGUAAGUGAGAGGAGAAACUGACCCAUUCAGGUUAAUCAGGAGAUUGGAGAACCUUUUAAUCUCAGCAGAGUGCAGUUCCCUGCCUGGCGACAGCUGGGCCGGAAUGCUCUUUGCAUCCUGUCUAGACUAGAAAAAUUAGGAGUGCUUGGCAAAUAUUUAAAGUGUUAACUAAUCAACUUUUAAACACUUCUUAGUAUUUAGCGUAGACAAAGCAAGCGGUGUUUAAAAAUGCAUUAGCUGGUCAUGGUCAACCCUCGGGUUUCCCCUCCUGCCCAAUCAUUUUGAUGGUCUUGUUUAGAACACAUUCUCUCCUGCCGAACCUGUAUCAGCACGGCUCCUUGUUUGUUACAGAACAGCACAAGGGCAUCAGCAUACUGGUGGCUCUACUGUGCUUCCAGUUUUUACA